AUGAGGCUUUACAGUGGCCACACGGUACUCGUCCUCGGGACGAUACUCUCAUGCACGGGGAUCACGAGCGGCAUACGCGUCACGCAGACCGCAAGUAGGAAGAACGACGCAGCCAUCGAUCAGACACCAGCCUCUUCCUUCUGGACGCCCACCAUCAAGACAGGCAACAUCUUCACGGACGACACCUCGAACUUCUUCCCGUCCAGCCACGGCCUUGUGCAAACACAUCCGUCAGCCGGCGUGUUCCGUAGCGGUUUCGGUGGGAUUGACAACUUAGGCAGCCGAGGGGUGACUGUCAGACCGCCUCGAACGAGACCCCUCGACUACAGCGAACGAGCCACCGCUGAAUUACGUCGUAAUCCCGCGCUUUCUUCGCCGGAUGAAUGUGCCAGAGCAUGCCGCGAAAAUGAGCCACCUAGGAUAUGCUACUACCACUUCACCCUCGAAUAUUAUACCGUGCUGGGAGCUGCGUGUCAGACCUGCACGCCCAAUGCAACCAAUGUAGUCUGGAGCGAUUGUCAGUGCGUUCUGGCAGACGGUGUCGAGAGAAGCAUUCUGUCGGCGAACAGAAUGGUACCUGGUCCAAGCAUCCAAGUUUGCCAGGGCGACAAGGUCGUGGUCGACGUAGAGAAUCACAUCGAAGGAAUGGAAAUUACCAUUCACUGGCACGGAGUGUGGCAGAGGGGAACUCAAUAUUACGACGGUGUACCAUUUGUGACGCAAUGUCCCAUUCAAGAGGGUAACACCUUUAGGUAUCAAUGGAUGGCUGGCAACGAGGGUACGCAUUUCUGGCACGCCCAUACUGGCUUGCAGAAAAUAGACGGUCUUUAUGGAAGCAUCGUUAUACGUCAACCACCGAGCAAGGACGCUAACAGUCACCUGUACGACUACGAUCUGACUACUCACGUUAUUCUGCUCAGCGAUUGGUUCCACGAGACUGCGGCCGAACGUUUCCCUGGUCGUCUCGCUGUUAACACCGGUCAGGCACCUGAAAGCGUCUUGAUCAACGGAAAAGGACAAUUCAGGGAUCCCAACACCGGUUUCAUGACGAACACACCGCUGGAGGUCUUCACCAUAACUCCAGGUCGUCGUUAUCGUUUCCGAAUGAUCAAUUCCUUCGGAUCGGUCUGUCCGGCACAGAUCACGAUCGAAGGUCACUCCAUCACAGUGGUAGCGACCGACGGCGAGGCGGUGCAACCGGUCAACGUGGACACCGUCAUCUCGUUCUCCGGUGAACGAUACGACUUCGUUGUAAAUGCGGAUCAGCCGGUCGGCGCGUACUGGAUUCAAGUACGCGCGCUCGGCGAGUGCGGUAUUCCCCGGGCCCAACAGCUCGCUAUAUUGCGUUACGCGCGUGGACCGUACCAGCCGACCUCCACGGCACCGACCUACGAUUUCGGUCUUCCACAGGGCGUUGUGCUGAACCCUCUCGAUGCCAUAUGCAGUCGUCCGCGUGAGGACGCGAUCUGUGUGAACCAGCUGAAGAAUGCCCGCCAGAUCGACCAAGGAAUUCUCCAGCAGCGUCCAGAUGUGAAAAUAUUCUUGCCAUUCCGUUUCCUCUUCUACAGGCCAGAAGAAGUCUUUCAGCCGCAGACGUAUAAUCGAUUCUUGGUCGCGCCGACCGGAGAUCACGUAAUUUCUCUCGUCGACGAAAUCUCGUUCACGUUUCCGCCGGCGCCUCCGCUUUCGCAAAUCGACGACGUCGUGCCUGAACAGUUCUGUAACGGGGACAACAGGCCAUCCGAUUGCGGCGCGAACUGCAUGUGCACCCAUAAGAUCGACAUCCCGAACAACGCAGUCGUCGAGGUGGUCCUCGUCGACGAAGUCCAACAACCGAAUCUGUCGCAUCCCUUCCAUUUGCACGGGUACGCGUUCAACGUGAUCGGUAUGGGCCGUUCGCCCGACAGGAACGUGAAGAAGAUUAAUCUGAAGCACGCGUUAGAUCUCGACAAGCGAGGUCUCCUCAAUCGACAGUUCAAUUUGCCACCUGCCAAGGACACUAUCGCCGUUCCAAACAACGGUUACGUAAUUUUCCGAUUCCGCGCGGACAACCCCGGAUACUGGCUGUUCCACUGUCAUUUCCUCUUCCACAUACUGAUCGGCAUGAAUCUGAUCCUUCACGUGGGAACGCACGCGGAUCUGCCGCCGGUGCCACCGAACUUCCCGAGAUGCGGCGAUCAUUUACCACCGAUAACACCGCCGUCGCUGCUGGACUCGUUUCACUGA